UACUAUAGGUUUAAUUCGACUGAUUCACAAAGGGGAGUGUUUAAAAAGUGAUUUGUGUAAUUUUACUUUUACGCCAGACGAUAUAAACAGGGAGCCUUUCUAUUGACGUUACCUAUGUCAUUAGCAUGACGUCAUUUCCCCUUUCCUGCUGCUAAACUCCAGAGUGGUUUCCUAACAAAGUGUUAAACCCCAUCUAGUUUACGGGUCGACCAUUUGAGCUCGCGUGCGCUCCGUGGUUUUCUUUCGAGCGGCGUGGGGACGACACCGGUGGCCGUCGAGUCGUUCCUCCAUGGACGUGACGCCAGCUUUAGACUAGCAUCCAGCCGGGGCGCAGCGAGCUAACGGGCUAAACACGCGGCCGAGCGGAGGCUUCGUAAUCCCCCUGUUUAGCCUUCAUCAGCGCACCACAACCCGGCGGGCUGAGUCAGAACCACCGUCUCAUGCCCCCCUGCGUGCACGUGGACGGGCUACAGUAGGUUCGGAGGAGCCGUGAAGCUAACGAGCAGCAGUCCCCCGGUCCAACAUGGAGGACGAGGAGGUUGCGGAGAGCUGGGAAGAGGCAGCGGACAGCGGGGAAAUUGAGAGAAGGUUUGAGGCUAAACUGAAAAUAAACCAGGAAGCAAAGAGGUCCAGCAUGGGUUUGGGUGGUUCACCUGUGCGAACGGCCAUUGUAAUCCAGGACGAGUCCCUGCCUGCAGCACCACCGCCUCAAAUUCGAAUUCUGAAGCGCCCGUCAAACAAUGGUACCACAGGAAGCUCUGCGUCCUCGUCUCGACCCUCUCAGCAGAUGAAGUCUUUAGCCCAGCGGGAGGCAGAGUAUGCCGAAGCCAGGAGAAGGAUUUUAGGCAGUGCCUCUUCAGAUGAAACGUCUCAGGACAAUCCAAGCCAGGACAGGCCAGCUCGGAUAAGUGUGCAGCAAAUGUCAGAACCAGUUCGUCCCAACAAUCACGUGAUCCGCCAGCCAACAGGCUCCGAUGGCACCUCAGGCUUUCGACUCUGCAGAUAAGCGGGGAGGUUCCUGCUGCAAGAAAACAGCUGUCUCCCUGGGAGGCCAUGGAGGGUGGCAGUUAAAGGGGUGUUGGGCGGUAUCAAGAGCAGAGAGAUGGGACCGAGUGAUUUUACAAAUGAAGCAUGGAUUGAGAUGCACCACUCUGCGUUCUCUCUCUCUUCCUCUUUCACUCGCUCUCUCUCUCUCUUCCUCUUCUUCACUUACUGGCGUGGUCUUUGCCUUUCACCUUGUCUUUUCCCCCCGUGGGACUUUGCAAGGGGUUGGCAGAGAGCAGCCAGCGCUAUGAAACCCCUUCUGUUCCGCACUGUGAACAGGCUUUCGCCUCAUAUCCCUACACACUGUGAUACUUGUACCGUAAGGUGCCCUGUGAUUUUAAGACUGAUUGGCAGGCCACACACCAGGACAUCAGUUGUUGGUCUCUUUAGAGACGUAAGGAGAGCUUGUGGUUCUAGAAGAAACAAGCAAAAGACCGAGCUGGCCAUCGCACUGGAUGGCUGGGCUGGCGUCCACAGAGUAACUGACGUCGGUUUGAUGGCUUCAGUGGAAACGGAGUGCUUGGUGGAUCUGAGAGUUUGCUGUGUUCAGCAGCUUUGGGGCACCGUAGGAAUAGAGAGUCACACUUAUUCAACUUUGAGUAAAGCGUGGGUUUUAAUCCUGCAGUUGAAUAAGCAGUGGCAGUGGCCUAGACCAGCAUUUUCCAGAGUGUACAGGCCUCUGUUUUGCUCUGGUGGCUAUAAAAAGAAACGCCUGGUGGGCACGCAGCCUGUGGCCAAAGACUGUAGAUUGGAAGAACAGAUCAUCACGAAAUCUAAGUUUAUUCCAGCAAUAACAAUAAUAUAAAUAUUCCCUGUCUUUUUUUUAUGUGUUGCCUAAUUAUGAGUCUUGUGGGGUUUUUUUUUUCUUUUUAAUUUACAUUUUCCCUACUUGUGUUUUUUUUCCCCGCUCGUGUGUUUAAGUCAAGCGAUCAUUGGUGUGCAACAGAUUAGAUGAUGUAACUUGUAUUGGAAACAUAUUCAGUGCUGUUCAAUUCUAUGAAACUGGAAAAAGUUGUACAUGUAUUUGAAUGGAAACCCUAGAGCGAACAUACACCAGUCCCUGUUUAUGUUGCUUUGCUUCUUCUAUUCGGCACACAGUAAUAAAGCUUAAUAGAGCUUAUCUUAUGGCCACUUGCAGUUUUAGUUACAAAGGAGAAUUUCACAUAGAUUGUGUGAGCAAGGAAACUAACUGUUUGCCAAUGGAAUGUUUUAUUUGUAGCAGAGGAGCAUCUUUUAGGCAAAUGUUCCCACAGAGAACAUUGUGAUAGAAAACUAUAAAAACAAUUUAAUAAAGUGGGAAAUGUUGUCUUUUAAUCGGUCAUUUUGAAGCCCGAGUCAAGUACUUUUAUUUUCUACUUAGUUUUAGUUAAUGUCACUAGGGGAGAAUUUCAUACAGCCGGAUUGACAACAUUAUUUGCUUGUUUGCCUUCAACUGAAAAUGUGUUUCCCAACAAUGAUAUUGAUUAUGAGGGAAAUGAUAACUAGUUCAGGAACUUAACGAACAGAUCACGGUAAUUGAACCUGCAGAGUCUUUCUGACCCUUCAAUGCCUUACAAUAUCAAUGAACCUCCUUACUCGUGUGUUCACCUUCCUUUUUGCCCGAGAGGUUAACAUGUCCUGCACAACUGCGCAUCAGUUGUGUAGGACAGUGAAGUGUUGCUUCACUGUUUUCAGGUGUCUGUACAACUGCUCAUUAGAAAUACUCAUGUUAUGUAUUGAACUGCAACAAUAAAAACAGUGGGUUGACCCAUUCGCUCCUACGCUGCAGCGAGCGAGUGCAUCAUGGAGCAAAGUGUCAGUGUGGAUGCUACUGUUGCAUUUGUAUCCUCUUCAGAGUAAAUUAGCUACUGUUACUAGGAAACGUAGGCUCAGUGAGUACAUUGUUCACUAAGAAGUUAGAGUAGAAUUAAAGUUUUGUUGCUGUUUGAGAUACUACAGUGUUUAUUGUAGGUCUAAUAUAUGAGUAAUUUUCUUUAAUGAGAUAACACACUUAGGCAGUGUGACAUGUUGUAACAUCACUGAACUCUACAGUAUUAAUGCCCCCUAUACAAGGAUUUGUUAUCAAUUCAAGUGGAUAAUUAAAAGCAAAUAACCUGUGUAUUCUACUGGUGAUUGUUUUCAUUCAAAGCCAUCUGUCCAGUUUGAGGCUGAUUGAUGUCAUUGAUAUGUUCAGAUUUGGAAAAACAAAAGUUAACGCUGAAUACCCUUUAAUAAAUACACUUUAUAGACA